GGCAGCACAAUAUUUACACACCUCUUUUAUUAUCCGUCAGCAGCAGUGUUUAUAUGGGCCCAACUUGACGUUUGGACGGUUUUUUUUUUUAUCCUCGUCCAGGCGUCAUCACUCGGAUAAUCACCAUAUAGUGCUAGAAAAUACUGUACUUAGAUAUCUGAUCUGGCUGUAAGUCCGAUGUAAGACAUGAAGAAAUACGGGGAGCUAUGGAGAGUAGAUUCUGUGUUUUGAGCGACAACGAAGACCUCCACAAGCUAAUUUCAAACACCGAGAACAAUCUCCACUUCGAAAGGUCUAAAACACUGUUUGAAGAGAUCCGUGCCUCCAUCAACAACAAUGACGAAGAGGACCGCUCCUUCUGGAGGCCCGUGCUGCCUUGGGGGGGCGUCUUCACCAUCAAGGCUGGACGGAAGGCCAUAUCGUGCACCCCGCUGUACGUCAAAAUCAAUCUAAAAAACACAUGCACCAUCGACGGCUUCCUCGUGAUCCUGUAUGUGAUCCUGCGGGACAACCAGGGCUUCCCCCGGGAGCUGGCCGUCUUCCUGGGCAAGCAGUUUGUGGAGUACUUCCUCCGCCUGAUGGACUCCUGCGACUACACCACAGUGAAAAUGCUGUGGAUCUGGGACAGGAUGUCGAGGAGACAGUACCGCUCCGAGAUACGCAAGGCCGCAUUGGAGAUUGACCUGUUUGGUAACGAGCACGAGAACUUCACGGAGAACCUGGAGAACCUCAUGUCCACUAUGCAGGAGAGUCUGUGCACCAACUGGAGCUGCCCGGCCCGCUUCCAGGAGUUCAUCAAGACCGCCAUCAACAUCAGCCCUCCCUAUGAGCUGCCUCACAGAGACCCCAUUCAGUCGGCCGCGGACGAGUUCUUCUGCCCCAAACUCCUGCUGUGCUCAGAACUGGGGUGUGAUGGUCUAAGGGAGAUCUCUCAGAGGGUUUUCUGCCACGGACCCCCACCCUUUGUCAUCCUCAACAUGCAGCAGUGGAAGUCAGAAGAGCUGUCCUAUGUCCCUUACCAUCUGGCUCUCUGCCAGCACAGAUACUUACUAGAGGGCGCCACACUCUUCAACAAAGAGGAGCACCACUACUCCGCAGCCUUCCAGAUAGAUGGCUGCUGGAUGCACUACGACGGUCUGAGGAGUGACAAUCUGAUCCUGUUGCACAAGCCGCCAGAGCUCCUGCUGCUGUCCUCUCUGGUCUACAUCCGCGCCUCCGACAAGUGAACUCGCCUUCAUCACAAGAGGACACGCGGAUGAGCAGGAGUCGGACCAGUCCUUCAUCCACCCUUCCUACAAUUGGGUUGUCAUGACAUAUGCUCCAUUUCACCUGAAUGCUUGCAGAAAGCUUAGCGCGCAAAAUGGAAACUACUUUUAGGGUGGGGGGGGGGGGUUGCAUGCUUGGAAUCCAAGAAUAUAAUGGACUAUAAUAGUCCUAUAAUAUUAAAUGACCGUGGCAGUGAGCAAUACACAUCACAUGCAUAUGCAGUUACCCGACACACAAGAAAGAUUGGCGUAGUUUAAACGUCAUGGUUGUUAGAUGGAUUACACUGUGAGGGUGCAUUUGCUAUUGAGCAGCCUUGUAUGGGAGAUGACACUGUGUCUACAUUUGGGCAGUUUCAUUGUACAUUUAUACAGAUCAAGCUUUUCCUUUUAAUUAAACUGGUGCUUUCUCUAUUUACACUGUGGUCUAAAGGAUUAGAAACAACCAACGUCCAUGUCAGGUUAACUUGUUUUUUCUUAAGAUGCUUGAAUUGGAGCAUUUAUCACAAUUAAUGCAUAAAAUACAAAGUUCUUGUAGGGGGCAUAUCGUGAAAAAAACUCCUUUUCUGUAAUUGUGCACAUAUUUGGAUUUUAGUUGGUUACUCAAAAAGAAAAAUUGUCGGCUGCCUUGAUGGUAAAACGUGACUAUAAAAGCGUCCCCCUUUUAAAUUAUAUAAAGGUUGAGGGCAGUCUGAAAUAUAUAUCUUCUUGACAAGCUGAAAUAAAACUGUCCAUACUGAUUAA